UACGGAGAGCCCGGCCCUGAAGUCUGCUUGUGACGCUGUGCCUUCCCUGUUCUCAUUCGACACCUCGACCCAAUAACGACGACACGCACGGCUUCUAGUGUCGUUGCGUACACAUUUGCUAUGACCUCAAGCUAUAUAAUUCUCGAAUUCCUCGCAUCCGGGUUGCAUCAGUCAACACAGCGUCUUCACUCUUCACUUCUGUUGCCUUCUACAUCUUCCUCUACCUCUGUUACAAUGUGCUCAUUCAACAACGCCGGACGGCUCGCAGCUCGUCCAAACACCUUCACUUGCGCGACGGCACCGACUGAGCUGAGUUGGAAGCUACAGCUCUCUCACCUUCGCCCAGGCGCCCCUACCACGGUCUCUGCUACAUUAGCAACUGAGUGUCAGGCCUAUACCAUCGCUCAUCCGCCACCACAUCUUUUCCCUCGAUUGCACAUCGCGCUUUGCGAUUUGCGUCCAUAGCCUCGCUACAACAGCUAGCACCGGGGCAAUGUCGUGUGCGACCGAUCUUCAAGCUACUCCGCGACAUCAAGGCUGACGAGGUAUAGGCUGAUAGUGACGAAAGCUGCACCUUCGUUCCCAUCGAGUUCGUCCAGUCCCAACGGUAUCAGAAGACUCCCUCCGCCACAGAGAUACAGAGUUGUUCCCCGAUGAAACAUGUGAGAGAAU